GGGACUGGAACCCGCGGGCCCGAGCUGAGCAGACAGCCACACGCUCCGAUAACGCGCUGUGCUCGCAGCCCGUGCGCCGCGCUGCCAGCGCUUGCUGCUGCCCCCGGCGGCCCGCCCGGCGCUGGCGGAGCCCCGGCUGCUCGGGAAUGCUGGGAAUGUUGAGUCAGGGACUGGCAACCGAGAGCGCCGGGCUCGCAGCUGACUGAGGGAGAGCCGCUGAGGGCCGGGAAGACGAGGGACAGGGGCGCACGAACCCCCCCCGGCUGCAGCAGGUUCCCUCUGUUCCUCCCCUGCAGGUGUGCGGUGGGUCCCGCUGUCCCCGCCGCCUCCUUCCUCCGCGCAAGGAGAUGUCAGCUGGACGGGAUGUGGAAUCCAGGCGAGGACGAGAGACAGAUGCAAUGAUUUGAAAGGUCUCUGGCUUUGGAGGAACAAUAGUUUUUUGCCUACUAGAAGAAUGCAGUGAAACUGCCAAUAUUUCUAACUGGAAUUAUAGAUUUAAUAUUCAAAUUUAGUGUUACUAAUUUAUUAAAAAAUAGUACCUCAAAGUAUAAGAAAAAUGUAUGGAAGUGCAAGAACAAUCAGCAACUUGGAAGGAAGUCCCUCCAGGUCUCCUCGUUUGCCAAGAUCUCCUCGCCUGGGCCACAGGAGAACAAGUAGUGGAGGAGGAACAGGUAAGACAUUAUCAAUGGAGAACAUCCAGUCCCUUAACGCAGCCUAUGCAACAUCUGGACCAAUGUAUCUGAGUGACCAUGAAGGUGUAGCUUCUACUACUUUCCCAAAGGGCACAAUGACUCUUGGAAGGGCUACAAAUCGAGCUGUAUAUGGUGGUCGAGUUACAGCUAUGGGGAGCAGUCCUAAUAUUGCUUCAGCUGGACUUUCGCACACAGAUGUUCUUUCUUAUACUGAUCAGCAUGGAGGUCUGACCACAUCUUCACACCAUCACCAUCAUCAGGUUCCUUCUAUGCUGAGACAGGUUAGAGAUAGUACCAUGUUAGACCUGCAGGCUCAGCUUAAGGAUCUACAGAGGGAGAAUGAUCUCCUCAGAAAAGAACUAGACAUAAAGGACAGCAAGCUGGGGUCCUCCAUGAAUAGCAUCAAAACUUUCUGGAGUCCCGAGCUAAAGAAAGAAAGAGUAUUGAGGAAAGAAGAAGCAGCCAGAAUGUCAGUUCUUAAAGAACAAAUGAGAGUUUCCCAUGAAGAAAAUCAGUUUUUGGAUGCCAGGAGAACAAAGCAUCUGCAAUUGACAAUCCAGGCACUUCAAGAUGAGCUUAGAACCCAGAGAGACCUUAACCAUCUUCUCCAGCAAGAAAGUGGAAACAGAGGGGCCGAGCAUUUUACCAUUGAGCUCACAGAGGAGAAUUUUCGAAGACUUCAAGCAGAACAUGAUCGACAAGCUAAAGAGCUCUUCCUGUUGAGAAAAACGCUAGAAGAAAUGGAGCUUAGGAUUGAAACACAAAAGCAAACACUGAAUGCCAGAGAUGAAUCAAUAAAAAAGCUUCUGGAAAUGUUACAAAGUAAAGGUUUGCCAUCUAAAGGAAUGGAAGAUGACAAUGAGAGAACUCGAAGGAUGGCAGAGGCUGAAUCUCAGGUUAAUCAUUUAGAAGUGAUUUUAGAUCAGAAGGAGAAGGAAAACAUGCAUCUUAGAGAGGAAUUACAUAGAAGAACGCAGCUUCAACCUGAGCCAGCAAAGACGAAGGCUCUGCAGACAGUUAUUGAAAUGAAGGAUACAAAAAUAGCUUCACUUGAGCGCAAUAUAAGAGAUCUUGAAGAUGAAAUACAGAUGUUAAAGACAAAUGGAGUUCUGAAUACAGAGGACCGAGAAGAAGAAAUCAAACAAAUAGAAGUUUACAAGAGUCACUCAAAGUUCAUGAAAAAUAAGAUUGACCAACUGAAACAAGAACUCUCAAAGAAAGAAUCAGAACUUCUUGCCUUACAAACUAAGCUUGAAACCCUUAGCAAUCAGAAUUCAGAUUGCAAGCAACACAUUGAAGUGCUUAAAGAGUCACUUACUGCCAAAGAACAGAGAGCUGCCAUACUUCAGACAGAGGUUGAUGCCUUGCGGUUACGAUUGGAAGAAAAAGAAACCUUUCUGAAUAAAAAAACAAAACAACUUCAAGACCUCACAGAAGAGAAAGGAACCCUGGCUGGAGAAAUUCGAGAUAUGAAAGACAUGUUGGAAGUAAAAGAAAGAAAAAUUAAUGUCCUUCAAAAAAAGAUUGAAAAUCUACAGGAGCAACUUAGGGACAAAGACAAACAACUAACUAAUCUGAAAGACAGAGUGAAGUCGUUACAGACGGAUUCUAGUAACACAGACACAGCACUGGCAACCUUAGAAGAAGCUCUAUCAGAAAAGGAAAGAAUAAUAGAGCGCUUGAAGGAGCAGAGGGAGCGAGAUGACAGAGAAAGGCUUGAAGAAAUUGAAUCUUAUAAAAAAGAAAACAAAGACCUGAAGGAGAAAGUUAAUGCUUUACAAGCUGAACUGACAGAAAAAGAGUCUAGUUUAAUCGAUCUCAAAGAACAUGCAUCUUCAUUGGCAUCAGCAGGGCUGAAAAGAGACUCCAAACUUAAAUCUUUAGAAAUAGCCAUAGAACAAAAGAAAGAAGAGUGUAGUAAGUUGGAAGCGCAGUUGAAAAAGCAAGCUGAGCAGUUGUUCAAUCAGAUGUACAAUCCAAUGCCAAUUAGGAAUAAUGGGAAGCAAGGGGCUCACGAGGCUGAAGAGGAUGCACGGAUGAAUCCAGAAUUUGCAGACAGAAUGAAACAGCUUGAUAAAGAGGCAUCUUACUAUAGAGAAGAAUGUGGCAAAGCUCAGGCUGAGGUUGACAGACUUCUAGAAAUACUCAAGGAAGUAGAAAAUGAGAAGAAUGACAAAGAUAAGAAAAUUGCUGAGUUAGAAAGCUUGACUUCCAGACAUAUGAAGGACCAAAACAAGAAGGUUGCCAAUCUGAAGCACAAUCAGCAAAUGGAGAAAAAGAAGAAUGCACAGUUGUUGGAAGAAGUUCGCAGGCGAGAGGACAAUAUGACUGACAACUCCCAACAUUUACAAGUAGAAGAGCUGAUGAAUGCACUGGAAAAGACUAGACAAGAAUUAGAUUCUACCAAAGCUCGUCUUGCCUCAACACAGCAGUCUUUGGCUGAAAAAGAAGCACAUCUGACUAACCUGAGAAUAGAGCGAAGAAAACAGCUUGAAGAAAUUCUAGAAAUGAAACAGGAAGCUUUACUUGCUGCAAUUAGUGAAAAAGAUGCAAACAUUGCCUUGCUUGAGCUGUCUGCUUCAAAGAAAAAGAAGACUCAAGAAGAAGUAAUGGCUCUUAAACGAGAGAAGGACAGAUUAGUACAUCAGUUAAAACAGCAGGUCUAUAAAAAUAGGAAACAGCCCCUGAGCAUGAACUUAUCAUCCACUCGUGAUGUUGACUUCAUCACAGACAUUCCAGCCAAGUACCUCUGUUCCAGCCAUGAUGCACGCAUGUCUCAGACACAAAACAGAAUGAAACUGAUGGCAGAUAACUACGACGAUGACCAUCAUCACUACCACCACCAUCACCACCACCACCACCAUCGAUCUCCUGGGAGGCCACAACACUCCAACCACAGACCGUCUCCAGAUCAGGAUGACGAGGAGGGUAUAUGGGCAUAGCCGUUCCUAUAAACCAAAGUUCCAGUUUUGUUUUGAGGGAUGAUCCAGUCACUGUUGGAGGCACAUAGCCACGGCAAAAUCUCAUGCUGUACAUUGAUCACCUGUCCAACCUUUGCCUAGAGUGUGAUCCCCAGUUCCUUCAAGAGGUCCAUCUUUACCUGUCUAUAAAGAAGAAGAGGAGGAGGGAGACAUCUGGGAUAUUCAAGUAUCAAAGUUUAACACCAGAGCAGAUCCCAGCGCUGAGGAAUGUCCGGCUUUCGUCGUAACAGAGUUUUUUAGUUCCAUUUGUCAGAGGAACUAGUGAAAGAGGAAGAAAAAAAAGAAGCACUGGAAGGUAAUGAUGAUAAUCUAUUGCAUUGGAUCUCCAAACAUGACCAUGAUAUCCUGGAGAAGAUCACAGGUGCAGAAGUGAAUGCUAAGGUUGAUAUCUAAUGAAAUGCUGCAUUAAUUGGUAUUUUCUCCAUUAUUUUUUGUAGUCUACUAUGAAAUUAGAUACUUUGGAAAAUAAUGGAGACUCAAGUAGAAAUUAAGAGCCUCAGUUCUGUUCUUAAUGGAUCUUGCAAGUUGUUCUGUUUUCACAAAGAAACCAUCUGUCCAGAAUGUUAUUUUUUAAUGAAGUUCAGUUAAACAGGUUAUUUAACUAAAUUUUGGUAAAUUGAUAUUGAUUUCAAUAAAUAAUUCAGACUCUCUUAGGUGUGGUAUCUGCAUUUGCUGAUUUUACCUUGUCUAUUCUAAAGUAUCACUUCUGUUGCACUAGAUUAUCAGGGAGGUCUUAGUAAAAUACUAUAUACAGGUGUUGGCAUUAAUCUUACCCCUAGUUAGAUGUGGGCUUUUCCAAAAAGUAAAACCCAAGCCUUUACCCUCCUCUGUUUUCUUAUAUCUACUGAUAAAAGAAUAAUUUAAAAAACAAAACAAAACAAAAAGCAAAAAACAUUGAUAGUAUAACCGGUGUUAAGCUCUGGGCCAGGUUGGAAAUGAAAUCAAUUUUUGGUACUAAUAACUGAUGACAAAUAUUAUCUUUAUGAAAAUAUGGUGUGUGUCUCUGACAAUGCAUAGGACAUCUAAUUUGAGCAUAAAUAUAAGAUUAUAUACAAGAUGUGUCUAUUACUAGAUGGUAAAAGCUUGAGGUGUAUAUAAAUACGUAUGUAUGUAUAUAUCUGGACAUAUACACAAGGAUGUAUCAACCUUUUACCAUCCAAAUGCAUACAGGUUUUCAACAGUAAAAGCUGGGACUCUUUAAAAAAAAUAAAAAUAAAAAUAAUUAAAAAAAAUAAAAAUAAAAUAAAAAGAUUGCUGUGAAUACAGUAUAUGCACUAGGUCUCCUGUAAGUGAGGAACUGUUUGUUAUUGUUUUCUGCAUUGAAAAACAGUCUCCAACAUGGAUCCCAAUGAAUCUUAGAUGUUAAAGAAGAAAAUACCAAUGAACAAAUAGCACUAAAAGGCUGUUUGUCUCAACAACAUGUAUCUAGUAAAAUGAAUUUAAAGCACAUGCAAGGAAAAAUAAAAAUGUGAAGUCCUUACAUUCAGUGAGAGAAUAUAACUGAUAGUCAAAUCUCUGCCACUUCUUGAGGAGAGGAUCCGUACAACUCCACGAACAUUUUUGGUCAGUCUGGCAAACAUGUGCAAAUGUGUGGCUGUUUUACUGAGGCAUCUUUUUGUCCAUGGAAGAAAUGCUUCCAUGCUGAUGGGAGUGGGAAUAGAAUAUCUGCAUUUUUAAAGGACAAACAAUAAAUUUAAGCAUGGGUGGCCUUAAUCCUUAGUAGUUUUUCUUUGCUGCUGUAAAAAAGAGAAAUCUAAAUGGAUACUCCUGAAGUCUUGCACUGAAUUUAGAAAAAUUAUUUUUUGAACCUGUGGUGCAAUUAACCCUAAACAUCCUACAUGAGCCAUACAUAUAGUAACUCCUUUAAAAUUGUUGUCUAGAGAUGAUAUUUUAUUUAUUUGUACCAUAAUUCUUGGUGCAAUCAAAGAGCAAUUUAUUUGAGCAGGAGUCCUGCUGGAUGCUACUGUCUUCAGUAAAUAGAGUAAAAUGUGUAGAAUUAGUAUAGCAUAGAUAAUUCCAAUUUCAUUCAUGUUUAAAAAGUUUGUCCUUUAACUAUCAAUGGCAUUUUAGAUCUUUGUUUUUGAAACAGCAAAGCUUUUGGGAGUGUAUAUUUAGCACAUAUGACAAAUGUUGCACUUGGAAACUCAGACAACAAAACUCAUGACAAAUUUGUUGUCACAGUAGGGGACAAUCGUCUGUGUCUCUUACGGUCAGGUCUUUACCUUAACUCUGCAACUGAAUACUUGAAGUAGGAAAUAAACCGGGGGGGGUGGGAAGGGAAACAGGGUCACAGAUACAAAGCUGUAUAGUUAGAUAUUUAUAUGUAUGUGCCAAUUUUGUCACAGAUAUUAUUUUAGGGGCAUUUUUGCUCCACUCAUAUUGGUGAGAGUAUUGAUCAAAACUUUUAUCAGGGCCUACAAGUUAGCCCCUAAAGAGGAAAAUUUUGUCUAACAUUGCUUUUUUCUUUCCUUUUUUUUUUGUUUCCUUUUCAUUUUGUGUGUUACUGUAUGAUGUUUGGAGAAAAUCCUUUCAUAUGCUAAAAUAGAAUCUCGGGGUUUACAAUAAACACUGUGAUGUUGGGAAAUAUUUUAUUUGAGCAAUGUUUGGUAGGUUUUUUUUCCCCCUCUAAGUGUAAAGAAACAAAUCAACUUUUGGUUAACAUUUAAGAUGAUGAUUAUUAUUUUAAUGUGAGAUCAGUCUUGUACUGCGCAUUCUUUCUUUCCUUUAAAUGUACAGUAUGAAUUUUGUAUUUAAUGAAUUUUGUGUAUCUGGUAUGCACGUACCUGCACAUUGACUUUCAUUUGAAAGUGGGUUUCAAUUUACUUUUUAAACAGUGUUUAUGAAAAGACCUCAGAUGUGUUGACACAAAGUAUAUCUGCAGUGUUUUUUUUGUGUGUGUAGGGUGACGUUUGAAUGUGAAGUUCUGCAGCAAUGGGUCAGUAUUCCCUAUUUACCUUAGAUCCUCAUUUGAUAGUGCUGCUUGUAAUAUUUUUUUCAAGUGAGUGGCAUGUUCUGGAUUGUGAUAUUGAUAUAUGGUUAAGGAUAUUGAUAUGAAACUAAGGAAUUCCUAGAAAUUACCAGUGGGCAUGUAUUAGACAGUCAUUGUAAUUUAAUGUCUAGUAGAAGUGUAAAGUACCAAGGUAUUUAGAGUUCAUAACAUUGUUAUCAUGUGUAUGGGAAGUAUUUAGUGUUGAUCAGCUUAUUUAUAUUCAUCAAAUAAACUUUGUUUCUUUCUGAAA